UUUGAAGGAAUAAGCCAAGUUUAGUAAACACACAUGCCUGUUUCUGUUCAGAAUGAGUCUAAGGCUGAGUUAUCCGCCCAAACAGCAGGAAAUCCCCCGGAGUCCCGGGACCAAGGCGACAGAAACACAACAGAACCUCGAAUGACAGCCGAACCCACAAGUCCUCAGCCUGAGGGGAAGGAGAAGGAAGAGGAGCAGAAAGACAUGGAGGGUGGUGAACUGACUGCAGAUGAAGUGUCUAAACAUCUCUCCAACCUGGGUCGCUCAGCUACGGGACUACAACAUGUCUACCUGUCCCUCUCUAUACCUAGGAAAAGUUUGGAAAAUGUAUCUGUUUUGUCCAACUACAUCCAUCUUCAACAACUUGAACUCCCCAACAACAAAAUAAAAGAUUUAUCCUGCGUGAGCCACAUGCCAUACCUUAUCAUGCUCAACGCUUCCCACAACGAAAUUUCCGACUUCUUUGGAUUCCAACCGCCUAAAAAUCUCAAGGAAGUGGAUUUCUCUCACAACCACAUUUCUUCAAUGAAGGAUUUGUCAGCCUAUACUUAUCUUCGCAAGUUAAUUCUAAACUAUAAUUCCAUCAGUGAAAUCCAAGGGCUGGAGAAGUGCAUCAGCCUGACUCACCUCAGCAUGGAGCACAACAAGAUCUUGCGUCUCAGUGGCCUCAGAAAUCUGCCACUCAGACAGCUCUGCCUGAAAGGGAAUCUGAUAAAAAGGAUUGAGAAUUUACAAACACUCCGGAGUCUGCAGAUCCUGGACUUGUCUUCUAACAGAAUUCAAAGCCUGUCUGGUCUUCAGGACCUCCACCACCUGGGAAACAUUAAUCUUGAAAGCAAUAUGAUUGGUGAGAUCAAAGAGUGUACACAUGUGCAACAUCUUCUGCUACUGAGAGAACUGAAUCUCAAGAGAAACCCAAUACAAGAACAACCUGACUACAGACUGGCUGUAAUCUUCAUUCUCAGUCACCUGACUGUUUUGGAUGAACAGCCUGUGCCUGUUGAGGAAAAGGUGUCAGCUGUGAACAAGUACAAUCCAUCGCUCGAGGUGGUGGCAGCCAGAGAUCACAUGACCCAAACAGUGUACCAGCACAUGCAACCACAAAGCAUCUUUGACAGCACCCUGCCCAGUCUAGAUACGCCAUACCCCAUGCUGAUCCUCACAGGGCCUCAGGCAUGUGGAAAGCGGGAGCUGGCCCAUAAACUGUGCCAUGAAUAUCGUGACUACUUUGGCUAUGGGACUUGCCAUACCACCAGGGGGCCCUACUUUGGGGAGGAAGAUGGCUCUGACUACCACUUUGUCCAGGAAGAAGAAUUUCAAAACAUGAUUCAUAUGGGUAGCUUUGUGCAGACGAUGCAGUAUGGAGGGCAUUGGUAUGGCUUGUCUCGAGAGGCCAUUGAGUGCGUGGCCAGAGAGGGGCUUGCCUGCUGUGUUCAUAUGGAACUGGAGGGUGUGUUUAGUCUGAAAACCUCAUACUUCGAACCCAGAUACAUCUUGCUGCUCCCGACUAGAACUGAGGACUACAUUUCAAACAUGAAGGCCAGAGACAUUUACACUGACAGCCAGAUAGAGAAAGCCGUGUCACGGAUCGACCUCUACACCAAAAUCAACAGAGAGCGACCCGGCUUCUUUGACAGCGUGAUCCUCUGCGAUGAUCGCAAAGAGGCUUACAGUGCUCUGAGGCAGCUUAUAAAACAGUACCUGGGUCUGGACGAGCAGGAGAAAGAAGGUGGGCGGAGCACCGGAAUUACGCCGCAAAAUACCACCACAGAUGAGGGUCAUGAGUCUACAGUGUCCAAGACACUAGAAACUAACCCCACAGAUGCCUACAGCCAAAAUUGCUACAGUAAAGUCCAAACCAGGCUGCUGCCUCAGAAAACCUCAGCAGAACUGGCUUCUAUCCAGAGGAGACAGCAGAUGGUUCGAGAAGCCCUGGUGGGUAAGAUUCCCAGGGCUUACACACAGUUCUUUAAAAGCUAUGUUCAUACAACUCCGUUCUUACUGGCUCCUCAUUCUCAGUCUGCUGACCAUAACGAGGACAGCAGCUCAGAGGAAUCCUGCACCAGUUCUGGCCUGUCCAUGAACAGCUCAGCAGGGGUACUCUGUGUGGAAAGCCCAGCUGAUGGCUUGGAUGCAGGGUCAGAGCCAAAGGUAGAGCCUCUGGAUGUCUCCCUGUUGGGGCAAAACCUGGAAACACUCAAAGAUCACAUGGAGCCAGGUCUGAGCCCAGAUUCGUCACGCUCAGCUCCCGAGCAAGCGUCCCCGACUGUGGUCUCCUCUCCAGGACGUCCAGGCUCCAACGCCAAACCCAUUCUUCCCCCCAUCCCGCUGGGACGCAAAGCCGCUGAAUCCGGAACUAAGCAACAGUUGACAGGGCAGGCAGGACAGGUGGAGGAGUGAUAGCUGAAAGAGCAAGGAAUAGGAAUGAGUUUAUUGAUGGUAGUAGAAGGUAAUACAUAAUUCUAAUAGAGUCAAGAACCUGUAUAGAACAUGUACGGUAGUCCAUUGUAACAUCAGAGUCGAGUUAACCCCCCAUGGUCUUCUGUAGCUCAUAAUGAGAGUACUGAUGUAAAACUUUAAAAGCUGCAUCUUCCCUGUUUGAUUUGCUGAAAAGCCCGAAGGCUCACUAUAGAU